AUGCUCAUGGCGUCCACCACUUCUGCUGUGCCUGGGCAUCCCUCUCUGCCCAGCCUGCCCAGCAACAGCAGCCAGGAGAGGCCACCGGACACCCGGGACCCGCUGCUAGCCCAGGCGGAGCUGGCGCUGCUCUCCAUGGUCUUUGUGGCCGUGGCCCUGAGCAAUGGCCUGGUGCUGGCGGCCCUAGCUCGGCGGGGCCGGCGGGGCCACUGGGCACCCAUACACGUCUUCAUUGGCCACUUGUGCCUGGCCGACCUGGCUGUGGCUCUGUUCCAAGUGCUGCCCCAGCUGGCCUGGAAGGCCACUGACCGCUUCCGUGGGCCAGAUGCCCUGUGUCGGGCCGUGAAGUAUCUGCAGAUGGUGGGCAUGUAUGCCUCCUCCUACGUGAUCCUGGCCAUGACGCUGGACCGCCACCGCGCCAUCUGCCGCCCCAUGCUGGCGUACCGCCAUGGAGGUGGGGCUCACUGGAACCGGCCGGUGCUGGUGGCUUGGGCCUUCUCGCUCCUUCUCAGCCUGCCCCAGCUCUUCAUCUUCGCCCAGCGCAACGUGGAAGGUGGCAGCGGGGUCACUGACUGCUGGGCCUGCUUUGCGGAGCCCUGGGGCCGUCGCACCUACGUCACCUGGAUCGCCCUGAUGGUGUUCGUGGCACCUACCCUGGGUAUCGCGGCCUGCCAGGUGCUCAUCUUCCGGGAGAUUCACGCCAGUCUGGUGCCAGGGCCGUCAGAGAGGCCUGGGGGGCACCGCAGGGGACGCCGGACAGGCAGCCCCGGUGAGGGAGCCCAUGUGUCAGCAGCUGUGGCCAAGACUGUGAGGAUGACGCUAGUGAUUGUGGUCGUCUACGUGCUGUGCUGGGCACCCUUCUUCCUGGUGCAGCUGUGGGCCGCGUGGGACCCGGAGGCACCUCUGGAAGGGGCGCCCUUCGUGCUGCUCAUGCUGCUGGCCAGCCUCAACAGCUGCACCAACCCCUGGAUCUAUGCGUCCUUCAGCAGCAGCGUCUCCUCAGAGCUGCGAAGCUUGCUCUGCUGUGCCCGGGGGCGCACCCCACCCAGCCUGGGUCCCCAAGACGACUCCUGCACCACCGCCAGCUCCUCCCUGGCCAAGGACACUUCAUCCUGAGGAGCUGUUGGGUGUCUUUUGCCUCUAGAGGCUUUGAGAAGCUCAGCUGCCUUCCUGGGGCUGGUCCUGGGGACCACUGGGAGGCGGACCCAUGGAGAAUUGGCCAGAGCCUGUGACCCCGAGGCUGGGACAUUGUGUGGCCCUGGACAAGCCACAGCCCCUGCCUGGGUCUCCACAUCCCCAGCUGUAUGAGGAGAGCUUCAGGCCCCAGGACUGUGGGGGCCCCUCAGGUCAGCUCACUGUGCUGGGUGUAGGAGGGGCUGCAGCAGAGGGCCGAGGGGUGGCA